UAAAAUAGGUAUUUCGUCAUUCGCUUUUUGGUUGCGGCCGAGUGGAAAGGACUGAUUACAAUUGCUUUUGGCAAUGCAUUGAAAAAUAUGCUAAUGCUCAAACGACGUUUUGUGCUGUUUUCGCUGCUCACAAUCAUUGGAAGCAGUGACCCUAUUAACUAUAUGAAAUUGGCCAUGUUGUUUGCCAUUUGGCAAAGCCUGGUCAUUUCAAAAUGUGUCAAACGAUAUAUUGAUAAUUAUACAAAUUUCUGUUAUUUUAGGAUUAAAGAAAUGCUUAAAAGUGAAAUAUUGAAAGAAUCCAUCAAUAUUCGUAAUAAAGAUUUUAACAGAAAAGUAUUGUUGAGUAUACCUUUAUUUGCUCGUAAGCUUACAGAUAUUGCAAAAUGCAAUGGAUCAUUGAUAAGCGAAUCAGUCAAUGUUUGGAUAAUGUAUAAUCAAAUUGGACGGCUUUUUGUGAUUCCAAUUAUUGUCACGGGUAUCGAAAUAUGGCUCAAGAAAUUAAUGAAUGCAAAAAUUAUUGAGCUCAAAAAAAAUAAAAUAUUAAAAAAUCCGCUAAAGUAUUACGAGAAACCAAUCAAUGUUAUUGAUAAUCUGCGAGGUAUCAAGUUUUAUGCCUGGGACAAGCUGUUUAAAGAAAAUAUUAAAUGUAGUACACAGAUAAAAAUUAUUAUACCAAUCCAUUGGCAAGUUGCAAAAUUUCUUGUUAAUAACCUCAGUUGCGCCACAUUACACAUAUCAUCUGCAAUUACUCUGCUGGCAUUCAUUGGCCGCUCAAACAAUAACAGCAUUACGUAUGCUAAUAUUGCUUUCCUUUUGGGUUGUAUCAAAUCGCUCACAAAUUUUACAAAAUUGGUUAUAGAUCAAUUCAAUAAUUAUGAGUACUUUAGUUCACAGAUAAAGUUUAUUGAAAAUGUGAUCAAACCAGAUGAUAAUCGCUACACUAAGCGUCAGUCCAAAGGUCUAGACAGCGAAGCUGCAGUGGAGCUAACGGAUUGCAUGUUCAGCUGGGGUGAAAACAAGUUUGCACUCAAGCCAAUGUCAAUGCGUAUAGAGGCCGGCGAGUUUGUCACUGUUGUCGGAAGAAUCGGAAGCGGCAAGUCGUCUCUUCUUUCUGGCCUUUGUGGCGAGAUGCCAAUUACCAGCGGCCAAAGCUGUGUGCGCGGCAGUAUUGCGUAUAUGUGCCAAGAGGCUUUUGUAAUUAAUGCCACAUUCCGCGAAAACGUGCUCAUGGGUGCCGAGUACGACGAUAAACUGUUCCACCGAGUGAUUGAAGCCAGUGCUUUGACAGAAGACGUCAAGCAUCUUCCUGCUGGUGAUAUGACCGAGAUUGGCCGCAAUGGCAUCAAUCUGUCAGGCGGACAAAAGGCUCGGCUGGGUUUAGCAAGGGCGCUGUAUCUGCAAGCAGACGUGUACAUCUUUGAUGACUUGCUUUCGGCUGUCGAUGCGCAAGUCGAGCGGCAUGUUGUCGAGCAUGUAUUGAUUAGUGGCGGCAUAAUAAGCGACAAAACACGAAUUCUGGUCACUCAUGCGGAGCACCUGGUCCCAUUCAGCAACAAGGUCAUUACGCUUGCUGAUGGAUGUGCUGAAGUAGUUGAGCAGACACCCGCACAGUUUGAAGCAACCAUUGUGAAAGAUACUGAUGAAUUGGAUACUCUAGAGAUAUUCGACAGUUUGGAUAUUGGCAGCACCAGUGAUAUAAAUAAUUUGACCAAUGAUAAUGGCACGUUCACAAUCCGCCCUGAAGAUGGCAACUCAACCUUAAAACCGGUGCAUGUGUGGUGGUAUCUAAAAAACAGCGGCUAUUUGACUAUGGCAUCGAUAAUUUUAUUAAAAAUGGUUAAUACCUAUGCCUUGUACUAUAGUAACAGCUGGAAGGUGGAUUUAAUAACAGAUGAAAACCCAGCAACCAUGAUAUUAUCGUUAAAAACGUAUUUGGUUAUUAAUGCAAUUGUUGGGGUAGUUAGAUGGCAGCUUAGGAAGCUUGAGGAUUGGGUGAGUAAUAAAUAUUGGAGCGAUAAAUUAGCGCAAAGAUUAAGAAGUAUGCUCAUAAACAGCAUUUUGUCCAUGCCCCUGCCAAUUGCAGAGAGGCUCUCCGCAUCGGCAAUUUCGAAUGUGUACAUUUCAAAUAUUUCAAAUAUUUCAGAUGUUUUUAUGCCACAUUUUUCUGCCAAAAUACUCCGCCACGUUUUUAUAGCCAUUUCAGUUAUUGUACAAAUGGCAAAUGUGGCGCCAAUACUGAUUUUGUUUGUGUUUGUAAUAAUUGUUUGUACUUUUGUGUCAAAUAGCGCCAUAAACGUGUUUGAUGAAAAAUGUAGGCCACUGAUGAAAAAAUAUGAUAUUCGGUCUAUCCUGGAGAUUUCAAACUUUAUAUUAGGCAGCAGACCAUAUAUACGCAUUCAUAACAUAUCAGAAAGGUAUCUUGCCCAUUAUAAUAUUUCUAGUAUAUAUUAUAUACUGAUAGUACAUAAUCGACGUAUGGCAUAUUAUGCUAAAGGUUUGAUACUGGACUUUUGUAAUGAAUUGGCUGUUUCGGCGUUCCUUCUUUUGAAUAUUUGGCUGCACAUAAAUUCAAAAUCCACCUUAACAACAGCCCACAUUGAUGUAGCUACUUCAUUGUUGAAAGAAUUCAAAACCUGUUUGGACAAAAUUGCUUGGAUUAAACACUCUAAAGAGCAUAUUUAUAACGACUGCUUGCCUACCUACACAUACAUUGAGGAGCUUGAGCGCGAAGCGCCGGCUAUCAUUGAGAAUUCAAGGCCAGAACCCAGUUGGCCGCAGAAUGGCGUGAUUGAAUUUCGUAAUUACAAUAUGCGAUAUCGCUCAGAGUUGGAUUUGGUCAUCAAGGAUCUUUCUUUCACAGUUGGUAAAAACGAGAAAAUCGGCAUUGUCGGCCGCACAGGUGCUGGAAAGAGCUCGAUUACAUAUGCUCUGAUGCGCUUGGUCGAGCCAGCCAGUGGUCAAAUUGUCGUUGACGGAGUUGACAUUUCAAAAAUGGGCCUGCAGGACCUCCGGUCGCGCAUUGCCAUCAUUCCACAAGAUCCAGUACUGUUUGCAGGAACUAUUCGCGACAAUCUUGAUCCAAGCAAUAAGUACACUGACGACGAAGUAUGGGCGGCUAUUCGCGUAGGCCAAGUCAGCGACCUUCUGGAGACACCAACAGGCAUUUAUAUCGAAAAGAAUGAUGAAUAUUCCAACGAAGGGCCGUGGGUUGAGGGUGUUGGGCUGGACAAAUGGGUUGAAAAGGGUGGUAACAAUUUUAGUGUUGGCCAGCGGCAGCUCAUCAGUCUUUGUAGAGCUCUGCUUUGGCAGCGCAAGAUUGUCAUCCUGGACGAAGCGACGGCCAACAUGGAUACCAAGACUGACCAGAUCAUGCAAAAGGUGAUCCGCAAGGAGUUUAAGGGUUGUACUGUGCUGACCAUUGCACAUCGGCUGGGCACUGUCAUGGACAGCGACCGCAUCCUGGUCAUGGACCAUGGCCAGAUGGCAGAGUUUGACAGGCCAGACAGCCUGCUCGCUGACAAGAACAGCCAUUUCUCGCAGAUGGUCGAGAGCAUGAAGCUCAACCAGGGCGAGUAAUUACCAAUUAUUAGAUUUAAAAAAAUAAGUUUAUUUGUUAGAUGUGUGCGCCUUGCCAAAAUAUAUAAACUUUUCAUUGUCAUAAGCAUAUAUUCGAUCAAAUUCGUUGUUAACGGAUAUAUUCGCUAGCAGCAAGUUAAACAUAUC